CUCUCGACGUGAUCAGAAUAGUCCACGCCGACGGCAGGGUGGAGGAGAUUUCCGGCGGCGGCGUCAAGGCGGCGGAGAUCAUGAGAAUGCACCCCGCCCACGUGCUCAAGAAGCCGUCUUCCCCCUCCCCGGACCACUAUUUUAAUGGAGGGGCGGCGGACGCGCGCCGCCCCAAAAUCGUGGUGGUCCCGCCGGAUGCCCUGCUCCGGCGCGGCAAGAUUUACUUCCUCAUUCCGGCGCCGGCGAAGCAGAGGAGGGGGAGGACGGGGUCGUCCUCGUGCCGGGCUUCUGGGAAAAAUGGCACCGUUUCGUCGCCGGGUAAUUUUCAGUACUUCGGUGAUGAGAUCAUGUCGCCGGAGAAGGUGCCGCCGGCCCCGAGAGACGGUCGGCGGGGGAGAGAGUCAGUGUGGAGGCCCAAUCUGCAAAGAAUUUGCGAGAUUCCCAGUGAAGCCCAUUAUGUGCCCCGUACAACCCAAGAAUGAAAUUAGAGAUAACUUUCUUUUUCUUUUUUAGAUUUUUCAAUGUUUUAGUAAAAAAAAAAGGACUGAGCUAUAAUCUGAGUGAGUUACUAUAAGGGUAAGAUUU